AAAACCUCCCCAUGGAUCAAGUAAGGAACCAACUCGUGGACUAAAAGGAAUAAUCCCGCAUUAAUGGACAUGUUGGAUGUAUGGAUCUCAAGGAUUACCAUCAAACAAAAAGUUUUGGAUCGUCGUUGAAAUCAAGCGUCAGGCCUGGAUCGACACGUCACUCAUUCAUCAAGCUGGUACGUGGCAAUAUUGUUCAAGCCGUAAAGGAAAACGGUGAAACUAUUGGAGUUUAAAGACAUUAUUUCACUGCAAAGACUGAUGAGAUGAGUUUGAUGUGACAAGUUGACGCUUAAUUGGAUAAAGACGUGUGCCGACGCCCAUCAUGGAAAUGUUUGUUCACACGAAUCAACCUCUUUAAACAAAGAGACACGUUUGUGCUUUGUCCUGUGGAUUCCUUGUGGAUUAUGCUGCUUUUAAAUGUUUGAAAUAAUUCAAAGAAUCGCUAAAAAUGUCUGAUGUAAAGAGCAUAAAGAGCAAAGAGGAUGACACUCAGAUGUCGCGAGAGAAAAGAAACAUCAAAUUCACACCAAAGGGUUUGGAGUUUUACAUAAAAACAUGUCAAGAAAAACGAAGUUUAAAGUGUCAACAAGCUUCAAAAUUAGUGGAGAAAAUUUCCGCAUUAAUGACGUCACAAGAAAAUGUUAAGAAAGUGUCUUCUGACUUUGUCAAGUUUAUUAAAUGUUAUCAAGAUGCAACCGAUUUACAUGAAUCCUUUUUAAGCUUGCCAUUACCAGAAGAAGAAGUGAAAAGGCAAUCUGUGUAUUUUCAGUCCAAGGUGACGACAUUCUCUGAUUUUAUGGACAAUGUAAAGGUUUGGUUGCAUGAAGCAGGAGAUUCAUAUACUGAACGGAAAAAUAAUGUUGAUGAUGAUCAGGUUGCAGAUCUGGAUGAAAUAAAUCCUGAAGACAGUGUCUCUAAUAUUUCAAGUGUAAAGCCACGUUCAAAAACAUCUUCACAGCAGUCUCGGACUUCAUCUACCUCUUCUGCACGCAUUAAAGCUGCGGCUGAAAAGGCAGCGCUCAUGGAGAGAUUGGCCGCGUUGGACAAAAAACAUCUGAUCGAAGCUCAAGAGGAAAAACUGAGAAAAGAAAAGGAAAAACUGAGAAAAGAGAAGGAAAAAUUUGACUUGGAAACAGAGUUGGCAGCAACUAAUGCAAAACUUCAUGUUUUGAACAUAAACUCAGUUGCUAGUUCUCAACGAUCUGAUGGAAUGAACUCUUAUUUUGAAAGAGCCCAAGUAAAGGACACGCCUCUGCUAAAUCCUGGCGCUGAUGAGUUUGUUCCGAAAGAAAGAGCAAAUUUUUCAUCUGACUCUCCUGUCGUCAGACCUAAACAGAGGCAGAAACAACUUCAAAUGGAUCAGAUGAGAGUAAAAGUUGAUUCUUCAACUCAAGCAAUACAGCAAUUGCAAUCUCCCUCUUUGACUGAGAACUGUCAGAAUGAUAUUGUGAACAUCAUGCAGAGACAAAAUGACAUAACUGCCUUGCUUGUAAAACAAAACUUAUCGUCUGUUCUCCCAUCCAGAAACAUCCCUGUGUUUGAUGGUGACCCCCUGCAGUACAGAUCAUUUAUGAACGCCUUUGAAAACGGAGUGGAAGCUAAAACUGACAACUGGAACGACUGUUUGCACUUCUUAGAGCAGUUCACUAGGGGGCAGCCUAAAGAUUUGGUGCAUAGUUGUCAGCACUUACCUCCUGAUCAAGGUUAUUCCAAAGCCAAAUAUCUUCUUGAAGAACAUUUUGGAAAUGAAAAUAAAAUUGCUUCUGCAUAUAUGGAGAAAAUUAUGAGUUGGACACCAAUAAAAGGUGAUGAUGUGAAAAGUCUUCAGUCAUUCUCUCUUUUCCUUCAAGGAUGUUCAAAUUUAACACAACAAAUUGUUUAUAUGAAAGAAUUGGACUUACCUUCAAAUAUGAGAACGAUCGUCCUGAAACUUCCAUACAAACUGAGGGAAAAAUGGAGAGUUACUGCUUAUGAGCUGCAGGAACAAAAUGGCCACCGAGCAUUGUUUACUGAUCUGGUUGCUUUUAUAAUAAAAGAAGUAAAAAUAGCAUCAGAUCCAGUGUUUGGCAACAUCCAAGACCCACAAACUGGGGGCAACUCUAAAGUUUCAAGUUCCAGCAAGCAAAGGAAAAAAGGAAGCAGUUUUGCCACUAAUGUCAGCACAAUUCCAGAAGCCAGAACUCACUCAACUGAAAACAAGAUCAAGUCUACUGUUCUUCACAGCUGCUUGUUUUGUUUACAGAGAAAUCAUCUAUUGGAAAACUGUAUGCAGUUUAAAGCUAAAAUGCAUCGGGACAAGUUGACCUUCAUUAAACAAAAGGGGAUUUGUUUUGGUUGUCUGAAAGUUGGUCACACAAGCAAAGACUGCAGGAGUCGUUUGGAUUGCAACGUGUGUCACCAAAAGCAUCCAGAGGUUCUUCAUAUAGAGCAAAAGGAGCCAGGAGCCUCUUCAGAACAAACCCAACAGACAACAAGGUCUCAUGUCAACUUUUCAACUGCAACCACUCAAACAUGUGGGCAUAUUGGGGCCAGUCAUAAUGAUGAUGCUGUUUUUUCUAUUGUUGCAGUUAAAGUUAAAAGUCAAAAGAGCAACAAAGUUGUACAAACAUAUGCAUUUCUUGAUCCAGGAAGUUCAGGUACGUUCUGUACAGAAACUCUGGCAAAAAGUCUGAACUUAAAGGGCAAAAGGACAAAUAUUCUGCUGAGAACAAUGAAUCAAAAUAAGAUUGUUAAUGUACAAGUUUUGUCUGGUUUGGAAGUCUCUGAAUUGAAAACAAAUGACUUCAUAGCGUUGCCAGAUGUUUUGACUCAAAGUACCAUGCCAGUUUCUACAUUGAAUAUUCCCCAGCAAAAGGACAUUGAUCAGUGGCCUCAUCUUAAACCUGUUAAUCUUCAUAACAUCAAUGCAGAUGUGGAACUACUGAUAGGAACUGAUGCUUCAAAUGUUUUAGAGCCCUGGGAGGUGAUAAACAGUGUGGAUGGUGGGCCUUAUGCUGUAAAAACUAAAGUUGGCUGGGUCAUAAAUGGUCCUCUACGCACUAGAAGCAACAACAGAAAUAAAAAUGUCUGCACUACUGUAACAGCCAACAGGAUCUCUGUUGAGCAUCUUAAAGAAAUGCUGGUUAAACAGUACAAUCAUGAUUUUAACGAAAGAUCCUCAGAGGAGAAAACUGAAAUGUCCAGAGAGGAUCUGCAUUUCAUGAACAUUGUUAAUAACUCAACAAAACUUAUUGAAAGUCAUUAUCAUAUUGACUUACCUUUCAGGAGUGAAAGUCCCAGCUUGCCAAAUAACAUCUGUGUUGCAGAGCAGCGCCUCCAGAGUCUCAGGAGGAGAUUUGAAAAGGAUGCUCAGUACAAAGAGGAAUAUACUGCCUGUGUAAACAACAUGCUGCAACAAGGACAUGCUGAAGCCGUACCAGCAGAUGAGCUACAGAAAGGUGAUGGACAACUGUGGUACAUUCCUCAUCAUGGAGUGCAUCAUCCCACAAAAGGCAAGUUAAGAGUUGUAUUUGAUUGUGGAUCAACUUAUAAAGGAGCAUCACUGAACUGUCAGCUUCUACAAGGACCUGACCUCACAAACUCUCUGGUUGGAGUUCUCAUCAGAUUUAGAAAAGAACCUGUUGCACUAAUGGCCGACAUUGAUGCUAUGUUUCACCAAGUUUAUGUCUCUGAAAAACAUGUCAACUUUCUCCGUUUCCUGUGGUGGCAUCAUGGUGACGCUUCAAAACCUGCACAGGAGUUCAGGAUGUUGGUUCAUUUAUUUGGAGCAGUGUCUUCACCCAGCUGUGCAAAUUAUGCUCUGCAAAGAACUGCUGAUGAUAACGCACAACAGUUUCCAGCUGAAGUGAUUGAUACAAUCAAAAAUAACUUUUAUGUGGAUGACUGUUUAAAAUCUGUUCCCACAGAAGAAGAUGCAGUGCAGAUGGUGAAGAGGCUGACAGAGCUCUGCUCUAAAGGAGGAUUCAUGCUUUCAAAAUGGGUCAGCAACAGUCGCACGGUGCUCAUGUCAAUCCCAGAGGAAAGGAGAGCAAAAGAAAUUAAGAAUUUGGAUUUGGACAAAGAUCAACUUCCAGUUGAGAGAGUACUGGGUUUACAGUGGAGCAUUGAAACAGAUGAGUUCAAGUUCAGAAUGUCUGCACAGGACCGCCCACACACCAGAAGGGGCAUUUUGUCUGUGGUCAGCUCAUUGUAUGAUCCUUUGGGAAUCCUGGCUCCCUUCAGUAUGCCAGCUAAACUGUUGCUACAAGAACUUUGUCGACAAAAUUUGAAGUGGGACGAAGUUAUUCCCCACUCCAUUUCUAGGAAGUGGCUUGAUUGGCUGAAGGAUCUCCAGCUGAUAUCCAGUUUUAAAGUGGACCGUUGCAUCAAACCAAGCUGCAUCAGAAAACCAGACAAAGCACAACUUCAUCAUUUCUCUGACGCAAGUCAAGAUGGCUAUGGAACAGUGUCAUAUUUAAAACUGGAAAAGAAUAACAUCUCACAUGUUACUUUCAUUUUAGGAAAAGCAAGAGUUGCUCCUAUGAAGCAAACCACAAUCCCCAGGUUGGAAUUGACAGCUGCUGUUCUGGCUGUCCGAGUGAAUAAAUUGCUGCAAAAAGAGCUGCAAAUACAGUUAGAAAAACCUGUUUUCUGGACUGAUAGUACAACUGUACUAAAGUACAUCUCCAGUGAAACCAGAAGAUUUCACACCUUUGUUGCAAACAGGAUCUCUGUCAUCCGAGAGGCAACAGAUGUGAAUCAGUGGAGAUAUGUUUCCUCCAAGGAGAAUCCUGCAGAUGAUGCAUCCAGAGGCAUGAAAGCUGAGGAGUUCCUCAAAUGCAAGAGAUGGAUAAAUGGGCCUGAAUUUCUCCACAGAUCAGAAGAGGAAUGGCCUAAACUGGAGGUGGAUCACCAUGUAAUUCCUGCAGAUGACCCAGAAGUCAAAAGGGACCUAACAGUGAGUGUUAUUGUGAAUGAAUCACAAAAUGCUACAAACUAUCUGAUUCAUUAUUUUUCAGCUUGGACAAAGCUUAAAACCUCUGUUGCUUGGUUUUUAAAGUUGAAAAACAUCCUGAUGUUGCUGCAACAGAAAAGGAAAGAGUUUGCUGCUGCAAACCUGAAUAAAAAUGAUCCAGAAAACCAAAAGAAGGAACUGGAAAAGCAGAUGGAAAGGUUCAAGACCACUCUAAAGAAAGAAAAUCUGACUCCUGAAGACUUGGCCAAGGCAGAACUAUCUAUUAUUCAGUUUGCACAACAACAGAAAUUUACAACUGAAAUAGCUUUAAUCACUAGUGGCCUUAAAACAGUAUCCAAGAGAAGUUCUCUCUACAAACUUGACCCAGUAUUGGAUGCUGGGGUCCUCAGAGUGGGUGGCAGGUUGAAUAAAACAGCCAUGCCUGUAGAAGCAAAGCAUCCUGUAAUUUUGACAAAGGAUAUGUAUAUGUCUACCCUCAUUUUACACCAUAUUCAUCAACAGUUGGGACAUGCAGGAAGAGCUCAUAUGCUGUCAAGGUUAAGACAAAAAUACUGGAUAAUAAAUGCUAAUUCAGCUGCCAGAAAAAUAAUUUCUCAUUGUGUUGUUUGCAGACGUAACAGAGGAAAGUUUAUUGAACAAAAGAUGGCAGAUCUGCCAGAAGAAAGAGUUCUGCCAGCCACUGCUCCCUUCACAAAUGUUGGAGUGGAUUAUUUUGGUCCUAUAAGUGUUAAAAGAGGACGAAGUCUCCUGAAAAGUUCGCAGGUUCAUCUGUAGAAGAGGCCCAGUUUCCACCAUCAGAUCUGAUAAUGCCACAAAUUUUGUUGGUGCAAAUCGAGAGCUGAAAGAGAGUUUGGCUGAACUGAACCAUGCUAAAAUUCAAAAUGCUUUUGUGCAUGAUGGAAUCAAAUGGAACUUUAACAUCCCAGCAGCCUCUCACCAAGGUGGAGUUUGGGAGCGUCUGCUUCGUUCCAUAAGAAGCAUUUUAGUCUCAGUUCUUAAAGAACAAGUUUUGGAUGAUGAAGGACUUCAAACAAUCUUUUGUGAAGUUGAAGCCAUAUUAAACAACAGACCUAUUACCAAAGUUUCAGAUGACUCAAAUGAUCUUGAGUCACUCACACCCAACCAUUUGUUGUUGCUGAAAAACAAACCAGUUUUGCCACCAGGACUGUUCAACCAAAAGGAUCUGUAUGUCAGGAAAAGGUGGAAACAGGUACAAUACAUGGCAGAGCUGUUCUGGAAAAGAUGGCUUUCUGAGUAUUUACCUUUGAUGCAGGAAAGACAAAAAUGGACAAGAACUAAAAGAUGUCUCACUCCUGGAGAUGUUGUCUUAAUUGCAGACUCUACAGCCCCAAGAGGAUCGUGGAUGAUGGCCAAAGUCUUGAGUGUAAACCAGGACGCAAAAGGCUUGGUGCGUUCUGUGCGAUUACAAACCAAGACCAGUGUUUUGGAAAGACCUGUGACCAAACUUCUUUUGCUGCUGGAAGCAUCACCCUGAGGAAUUAAGGAGAUGUUUGAGGGAAUAGCUCCUUUUUUCCUUUUAAGUAAUUGUGACAGUAUUCCCAAUUAGGGGCCGGAGUGUUGGAGCUAUUUAUUCUUUAUUUCUUUAUGCAUCUGAAUUUUGUUAGUUUAUUUUUUACAUUUCUAGUUUUUUGUAUUAUU